AUGGGCGGCAGUACGCAGCUGGGCGAAUUGCAGCACCACCUGCUUGGCCUCCACGACAUCAGCCUUCAUGCUCGGAAGCGUGCAAGUGUUCUAGAAGCUGCAAAGGCACAUCAAGAAGUUCCUGUGCCGAGCCGCAGGUCCAGACUCAUUGGCGGUUCCGGUGGCCGGGAUGGACUGCACCGAACACCAAAAUGUCAUGCCGGGCCUCAGGAGAGGCAUGCCACGUGGGCACUCAACGAGCAACAACAGGAGCGGCUUGUGACAGUUGCGAAGUUGAUCUUUCGAGGGCCAGACGCCUCUCCUGUGGCAAUCUUCAUCGCAUGGCGCGAGCUUUCUCGCGCAAGCCAGCUUGAGGCGACACGCAUCCGGUUGAAAGACUGUAUGAUGCUUGCCGCCGGCUGGACCGCCGCAACUGUCCAGCAAGCUGCCAACCUGCUGCUGCAAUGCGCAUUUCAUGCAUGGCUAGCAGUGAGUCAGGGAAACAUUCCCGAGCACGUACACUUGCGAGCAGUGCUGCGACAGUCGGCAGAAGGUGUUGGGCGUCCUGCCUGCGACCACGUAAAUCGGGCUGCAAAGCGCCGCAGGAACUCAGAGCUGCUCGAAGACUGUUUGCGGGCAUGGUGGUGCUCUGUUCACCCUGAAGCCACGCCCCAGGACGCAACGGAGACAGAUGCACUAGGGGUUGGCGUCGACUCGGAGUUGCUCAAGAAAGUUUGGCAGAGAUGGCAUGCAGCAAUCGCCAAAUCACCACGCCGGGCGAAGCUGCAGGCAGCUUCUGCAGUGUCCUUCGCGUGGCUACGCGAGGACCGACAAGUCCAACGAACGGCAUGGGUCUCGUGGCAUACCGUGGUCCUGGCUUCGGAGUACGCCCGCGAUUUGCGAUUGCUCCAGUGUCGUCUAUCGGCUGCCAUUGGCCAUGCUGGGCACCUCGCCCAUUCUCAGCAGGAGUUGCUCUCGCAGGCCACACUUUUGCACAUUCUCCUGUCAUGGCGUGUUCUGGCUCUGCAAACCGCGCAGGAUCGCUUGCACCGGAGAAGUUCAGGGGGAAGCACCUCUUGCAAGGCAGACGAGCGGCAAGACUCGGAGAGGAGGCAUCGUGUCUCUUCCCACUUGGGCCUCCAACGCCAGGUCUUCCUGGCAUGGUGUCGGACCAUGGAGGCCUUCCGGCUGGCAGGGCCGGUUCAAAGCGCUUUAGAGGAAGAAGGCUUUAUGCACCGAGAGCUGAUGAGGCUGAAGGAGGAAAGCAAGCAUCGCGCCAUCGAUCUGUUGGAAGUCAUGGCGCUCUCUCGAGAGGCAGCUGCGCUGACAGGACUUUAUGACUUUAUCGUUCGCUUGAUGAAGUGCGAGCAAGCAGUGGACUCCGCAUGCUUUGCUGCUUCGCACGGAUAUGCGCUUGCCAAAGUUGAUGACAAGAAGGAUGCAGCUGUCAUCCGCAUUGCAGAGGACUUUGUCGAGGAUGACCUCAACGGCUACACGAUCUUGCAUGCAGUGUCUCCGGACGAGAAGAAGGCAUUGGUUGAAGAGUGCACGCCGGUCCCGUCGAUGAACCAAGCGAUGGGUGCCUUAUGUGGCAUGGCCGUAGGCGAUGCAUUGGGCCACCCGUUUGAAUACAUCACAGUGACAGACGUCCCUGGCACUUCCCGCUUUGACCUUGAUACAUUAGAAUUCCAUGGCGAGUUCAAUAAGUUUGGAUGCAAGCGUGGCCAGUGGACUGACGACGCAUCCAUGGGAUUCUGCAUGGCGGAUUCGUUCAUCGUGCGGCAAUCAUUUGAUGGUGGUGAUUUGCGCCGUCGCUUCUGGUGCUGGUGGUUUCGGGGCUACAACAAUGCUUUCAGGAAAGAUGUUGAGCGAGAGUCUCGAAAAUCAAUCGGCCUCGGGGGCAACACGCAGAAAUCCCUUGAGCCAUUGACUGCAUGUGCUGAGACAGGUGUUCCACCUGAGUACGAGUCUACCAGCGAGGAUGCUGGCAAUGGCAGUUUGAUGCGGUUGGCGGCUGUGCCCAUAUUUUUCCAUGCUCUUCCGCUUGAGGAUCUGUACAGUGUGGCGAGAAAAUCAUCGCUAACAACGCAUCCGGGAUUUGUGGCGGCGGAAGCCUGUGCUUUUCUCGCUCACAUUGUGCGGCAAGCAAUGCAUUUGCCGCCGGGUUCAGCAACGGCCAGAGAGUUCCUUGAUGGCGUGUCCGAGGAAUUCUAUGUGACCUCGGGCCUGGCGAGCCAGAGCGGCCCUGGUUUCGAUGAGAUGCAAUGGUUAGUUUCUUCCCAGCCGGUUCGCGACACGGAGCGGUGCUGGAAUUGGAAACACGAAACUUUAGACAUCGCUGGGACACUGGCUGCACGCGGCUGGAGCUACAACGGCUAUCCGGUUUCCGCAGACUAUUUCGGAUCCUACUCGCUGGACGGCCUUGCCGGGGCAUUGUGGGCAGUAUACCACACCAGGGCAAAUUGCUGGUGCAUUCUACGGCUUUUCCGCGAUCAACCCGCAAUUUCUCGAUUGGCUUUGCAGGUGGGACGACUAUGA